AAGAGAAAAGGUAAAGAAUCCAAAUUAUUCAGUAAUGGCGUCACUUCACUUCACUAUUUUUAAGGGCAUAGAAUUCAUCGAUUGCCAGCUUUCUCUUCUGCAACUCAACGCCAAUGGCUUCUCCCUCGCUUUCAAAAUCCAAUUUCUCCCUUCACUCCUUUUCUUCUUCUCCACCCUUGUCACAAUUCCCUCAUUUCACUUCCAUCACCGUUGUUCAACCCAAGUUCUUCCCUUCGCAGCUCACCGUCAAACGCUGUCAAAAUGCUCCUUCUUUCCCGAUUAUCAGAGCUCAAACCUCUCCAGAUUUCGUCCCCGAUGCGAAAUUUUACAAAGUCGAAGCAAUUCUUAGACCUUGGAGAAUUCAACAGGUUUCUUCGGCACUACUGAAAAUGGGCAUUCGUGGUGUCACUGUUUCGGAUGUUCGUGGUUUUGGCGCCCAAGGGGGCUUGACUGAGAGGCAAGCUGGCUCUGAAUUCUCUGAAGACACGUUUGUUGCAAAAGUAAAAAUGGAGAUUGUUGUCAGCAAAGACCAGGUUGAGGGAGUCAUUGCCAAGAUAAUUGAAGAGGCAAGAACUGGUGAAAUAGGUGAUGGAAAGAUAUUCUUGACUCCCAUCUCUGAUGUAAUAAGAGUUCGCACUGGAGAACGGGGAGAAAAGGCAGAGAGGAUGAUGGGAGGGCAUGCUGAUAUGUCCUCUGCAUUAUCAACUUCUUGAGCGGCAAUGCCUCUAUCUUGAAGUUGAAAGGUUUAAUCAUCUUUAGUUGUGUGCAGUCAAGUAGGGAAUAAAAUAAACAAGUUGUAGACUUACCCUGUACCUGUGGUUUCAGUAGCCAAUUUCCAGAAAAGUCGUAGCUUAGCAGCCAUUUCGUAUUUGAACUCUUCAGCACAAUUGCGGUAACUUUGCUUCCCCUGUUUUGGCUGAAGUUGUGCUGUAAUAUGUUGGUUGAUCACUGUGGAUAUUGAAUGAUAAGCUAUUCAAGCAAUUUCCUAAACGAGCCGUUAAUAUA